AUGGUCAUCAUACAGGAGAGCUCUGGCAAAGUCAAUGACUUUUCAUCCUGCUCCUUCCCAAAAAAACUCUGGAAAGUUAUUGGAAAUGAUUGGUUUUAGUCAAUUUGGCUAGGUGAUGCCAGAAACUGUUUGAAAAGCAAAGUGCUGGGAAGGAGAGAACCUCUGCAAAUUUUUGAAACUGAUUCCACAAAAGCUUUCAUUCAUCACCUUAAUCUUCACAGAUUCAGCAAAAUGGAAGGGAAUUCUCCUAGAUCUGCUUCACCUGACAAACUCCAAGCACUAGCAACAGCAGGUUCUGCUUUUGGCGAGGUACAUCAGCCCCUUUGCAUGUGA